UAAAACACGGCAAAUAGUAAUUGAAUGGGAGGCCGAAACAGGGCAAGUACAAGCGAUCUGGGCAACUUUUUGCCAUAUUGAUAAAUGUUAAACAUAAGCAAGGCUCGGCCAGCGGCACGCGUCCAGUGUUCGCCAGUCCGUCCAACGGUUAACAGCUCCUAAAAUAAGCAAAUCAAUAGAGCGCUUUAUCGAGCAGCCAUAAGACAACAUUCCAUUUACACCGGAAACCCAUCAAGCAAUCGAUUCCAUUAUGUCUCAGUUGUACGAACUCUCCGAGGUGGCCGUGCAGAAUGGCAAGAACGGCAAACCCUGCUGGCUGAUCAUCAAGGGCAACGUCUACGAUGUGACCAAGUUCCUCAGCGAACAUCCGGGCGGCGGCGAUGUGCUGCUCGAGUACGGCGGCAAGGAUGCCACCAAGGCCUUCAAGCAGGCGGGACACUCCUCCGAUGCCGAAAGGGAUCUAAAGAACUACAAAAUCGGGGAAAUCAACUCAGCGGCACCCAUUCAAAGCCAGCCCACGUCCAGUGCUGCAGCGAAACCAGCGGCAAACCCUGCCGCAGGAGAUCCCGAACCGGCGGAGAAGAGCUCCUCCGGCUUCUGCUGCUGCUAGUCAUCGUUUUACAUGUCAUUUAAUUGAUUUAUUAACAUAGGAUCAGGUCGUAAUUAAUUUAGCGUAAUUAACUUGUAACUAGUUCUAGAUUUAUCUCAUAAUAGCUACGCCACAUCAUCGUGCCCACAAAAACUAUCCUAAAAAGAUCAACUCUUCUUACCUCGCUCUGAAUAAAUUGCAAAUAAAUCUGGUGGAGCUGCUCCACCAUGAAUUGAGAAAAUUAAA